GACGUGUCCCUGAUCACUACCGGACAAAAAAGCGAAUGGUACGAAAGUCAUUGCGACCGCUGCUGAUGCUUUCGGCAGUGCAACUGGCUGCUCUUUUGCUCUUCUGUAAAGGUUUUUUCCCGUAUAAGACCUACUUACCUGGAUUCGCCACUACUGCCGACGCCCCAGAAAUAUUGUCCAAGACAGCCGACAGCAACGAGCCACAGUUUGAUAGAUUAGUCUUUGUCCUUGUCGAUGCGCUCAGAAACGACUUUGUAUUCGAAAGGGGUUCCGGGUUUUCUUUCGUGAAGAGCUUGAUAUCCCAAGGAUCUGCAAAACCGUUUACUGCCAAGGCCACAGCACCAACAGUCACGCUUCCUAGGAUUAAAGCUCUUACAACAGGAGCUAUACCGAGUUUUGUUGACGCAAUAUUGAAUAUUGCUGAGUCCGAUACUUCUUCGUCGCUAGCCCAUCAGGACAACUGGGUAUACCAAUUGCAUAAGAAUGGAACAAAUACCAUCAACUUCUUUGGUGACGAUACUUGGAUCAAACUGUUCCCUGGUUUGUUCACAAGAACGGACGGUACUACUUCAUUCUUUGUAUCGGAUACUGUAGAGGUUGAUACGAAUGUCACUAGACACGUUCAACCAGAGAUUGCAAAAGAAGACUGGACUGCCAUAAUAUUUCAUUACCUUGGAUUGGACCACAUUGGACAUAUAGGUGGCCCAAAGAGUCAUCUGAUGUUGGAUAAGCAGAAGGAGAUGGAUAAUGUCAUUCGAACAAUAUAUGAAUAUGUUGCAGAGGAUGACUCUCAGAGGAGAAAGAGAUCCAGAGAUGCUUUGGGUACUCUCAUUGUGCUGUGCGGUGACCAUGGUAUGAAUGAAGCUGGCAAUCAUGGGGGUUCAUCUGACAAUGAGACGUCAACGGCUAUGGUUUUUAUGAGCCCAAACUAUGAAUCACGGCCCAUUAUAAAACAUCACACUCCUCGCCGGCCGACAUUUUCGAAACAAGAUCAGUUUGGGUAUCCACAGAUUGAUCAAAUCGACUUGGUUCCGACACUAUCUAUGCUUCUCGGAUUGCCAAUCCCCAGAAACAAUAUUGGAAAAGUAAUACUUGAGCUAUUCAAUGGGCAAAAUGGACUCCGAGCAUUGAGGGCGUUACAAGUCAAUUCACACCAACUCGGCGAUAUACUACAUGCUCAUCAUGGAGCAUAUUAUGAAGAGCCUGCAGGCGAUGAUGCUCGAAUAGCAAAGCUAUUAUUAUCUUUGGAGAAUUCCGAAGAGCUAACCAGCAUACAAGAAGCAUGGCACGCACUACACUUUGCGAAUGGGUUCCAUAGCCAGUACGUUGAAACUAAAGCGUUCAGCACGGCCAAAUCCAAGGACCUUCUUUCAAGAGCCGAAUCGUUGUAUAUGAAGUUUAUCGAUUUCUCGCAUGACCAGCUCGCUAGAACUGCUAGCUUAUAUGAUUUACCCUACAUGUAUCUCGGUAUGUUCUUGUCGCUGGUCUCCACAGUUUUCCAUAUUCGCCUUUUGAUAUCAGCGAAGAGAGACAAAAUUGAUGGCAAACAAUCAACUUUGUCUGGCGGAAGUAUUACAAUGCACCAUGGUUAUGUCGGCAUCAGUCUCGUUAUGUAUUGCGUGUCGCUAUUUGCAAGUAGUUUUAUCGAAGAAGAGCACCUGUUUUGGUACUACUUUAUACAAACAUCUUGGCUUAUCAUGAUGUUUGAGAGUUUACGGAGAUAUGACUACACCGGCGAUCGAUUCCAAAAAAUCGCCUUAGUCGGAGUCAGCCAAAUGGUUGUUUUCCGAAUUGUACAAGCUUGGAAUCAAACUGGAAACCAACAUGCCGGGGAAAUCGACAUCCGAUACUGGCUCAACAAUGAAUAUGAUACCUGGGCAUGGCACCUACUCGCGGCAACGUUGAUGUUGAAUGCAUUACAAUGUAUUAGAAACCUUUGGCAAAUGCAGCUAGUAACAUCGCGCAUCAAAGAUAUCUCGCAAGCGGCUCGAGUAAUUUAUCGAGCGUCAAAGGUCAUAUUCUUAAUCUGUGUAUGUCUGACAUCAACAUUGGUUGUUGUGUAUAAAGUUCGAACGGAGAAAGACCAAGCAGAUAUACCUUCAAUAUAUCGAGAUUUAGCGACAUGGGAGCUGCCGGAUCGCUUGGACCAACAACAGCUGGGUCGCUUGAUAUACAACUACGUUGCCGCAGCAUUUUUCAUGCUAAAUUCGACAAUUUUCAUUGGAAAAUACGUCAGGAAACUGGACAUCACAAAUACUCGUAACAUGGUUGCGCCAGCUCCAUAUGUUCUGCUAUUGCUCAGGACUGUGACUCCAUUGUUAGUACUCUUAUCCAAAACGCACAACGCCAUCUUAUUUGCAUUCUUCGAUGUUCAACUCGAGCUAUUUUACAUUUGGUUCCGCUGUGAACCUGCCUCUGCCUAUGCAAAUACUCCUGAAUCUCAUUCCAUUCUUACAAACGCCAGUAUCAUUUUGGGAAUGAUACAAUCGGCCUUCUUCAUUAUGGGCAACUCAAAUUCUCUAUCAUCAGUAGACCUUGGAAACUCAUAUAUUGGGGUGGAUGGGUAUGAUGUAGGAGUAACUGGUUUGCUAACAUUCAUAUCUAACUGGUCAGGCAGCGUUUGGUGGACAUUUGCUGGAAUUUCACUCAUUGCACACGGAUAUUGGCUUACACAGAGUAUAUCACAGCCGCCACCGACCAUCCAGCUGAACGAUGAUGCGCCAGAACAUUCAUCCCAUGAUGAAACCCAAAAUGAUACGGAUGAUAACUCGACCAUCAACGACGAAGAUAACACAUCAAUUAUAGCCGCUAGAGAGUUGAUCUCAUAUUAUUCGUCGUUCUACAUCUAUUUCGCCAUAUUCUUUAACUUGGCUCUAACCACAUUAUCAGUCUCUGUCACCAUUCUUCGACAGCACUUAUUUAUUUGGACGGUAUUCUCUCCCAAGUUUCUUUUCCAAGGAGCCUGGGUAGUUUUAUACCAUUUCAUGAUUCAAACACUAUUAGCCACAGUCUUGAUUGGAACUUGGCUACCAUGGUGUAUCGCAUAGAUUUCUUUUACUGGCCCUUGGCACGGUAGCGCGUCGCUAGUAUAAAAUUUUUGAAAUAAAAAAAAAAUUGUCAAAGUGGUGUCGUGCC